AACGAGACUACGGCGAUUUCGGUUUGACUUGCUCGGGGAAGGAGAAUCGCUGUUCUGUUUCUGAAUUACUUAUUUUUUUGGACACGAUCAUGCAUGAUUAGGAAAGGAUGCCUCCUAAAGCUAAACCUGUACCUAAAGCUGCUGCGAAACCAGGAGCAAAAGCCACUACAUCUAAAGCUGGGACUGGGGCAAGAAAACCUGCUACGACUGGGAAAGCCGCACCAGGUGGAAGCAAGAAAGCUGGCCCUGCAGCAAAAGGCAGCAAAGAUGCAGGCAAAUCUACCCAGAAGGCUCCGGCCAAGCCCAAACCUCCAAGCAAGGAACACCUGGCAUCCAUUCAGAUACAGAAAUGGGUACGUCGAUUCCUGGCCCAGUGUAAGCUGAGUAAGAUGAAGAAGGAGAAGAAAGAUUAUGAGGAAAUGCUGGAGAAACUUGAAAAAGAGGCUUUCCUUGCAAUUGUGAAGAAAGAGCAGGAAAAGGCGGAGGAAGAGCACAGGAAGGAGAUGGAGAGAAGGAAAAGGAAGAAGCAAGAGAAAACGUGGGAGAAGACAAUGUUAGAAUCUGCUUUCGACGGUAACAUGGACGACCUUCUAACAGUGUUGAAAGAGGUUGAUGCCCGUGACAAUACGGAUGGUGUCUCCACCGACGAGAUUGGACGGGCUACCCGUGCACGUCACCAGCUCGCCAUGGUCAACUGUGAAGAUGCUAACGGCAACACACCGCUCUCCGAAGCCGCCAGUGGUGGCGCUACAGAGGUCAUUCAAAUGCUGAUCGACAGAGGAGCUGAUAUCAAUCAGAAAGGCCAAUUUGAAAGGACACCACUUUAUAGAGCUGCCUUUGCUGGUCACUUGGAAGCUGUUCAGACAUUGCUUCAGAAUGGAGCCGAUCCUCGAAUCUAUGCCAACGAUGGCGCCAAACCCGAACAGGUCGCUUCUCAGGAGCCCGUUAAGAAUCUCUUGGAAUCAUGGGAUGUGUCCAUGACGGAGUCGUUGCUUAGCAACAUCGAGAAGCUGAAGGAGAAGAGGAGAGAGGAAGAGAUGAAGAGACAAAAUGCUGAGAUGGCAAAGUUUGAGAACCAGCUUGCAGAAGCGCAGAAGAUCAAUGAUGCGAUGCAGAAGCAGUUGAGUAGAGCAUACUGUGAACUGGAGAAGAGGAUAGUCGAACAUGAUAAAUGUAUGCAGACUGGAUUCAAGACUGAUAUCACUUUACAAUGUGUACAUGAUGCUGAGCAUGAUCUUGAGAUGGCUAAGCUAUCAGCUGAUGAAGCAAGGAAUAAAGUCAAUAAUAUCAAACUUCAGAUUAGAGAACAAAGGAAGGCCGCCAGUGGUGAAGAGGAGGUAGGUGUGAAGGUGAACUUCAAGGAGCUGAAUGACGUGUUAUUAAGAGAUGUGGGAGGAAAGAUCAAAUCCGAUGGUCGCUGGCCGAUGCUCCUGGACAACUCGGGGAGAGCAUCAACGUUUCUCCGUUAUCAGGACACUAACUUCAUCAACGCCCUCAACCCAAAUCAUAUGCAGCCAGAGGUUAUAAGGUGUGCUGUUUUAGGAGCCAUAAGGUAUGGCAAACCGUUUGUGCUUGAUUUCCUUGAAGUGGACAUGUUUGAGACGUGUGUCUCAAGGUUUGAUGAAGUUCAACCAGGACUCCUGGAAGACAUCCUCAAUAAGAGUAUCCUAGAGAAUGAAAAAUACCUAUACCUUGUGAGAGACAGUGAUGGUGAGGAAUACAACAAGAACAAAUUCAUGCAGAACAGGGUCCAGAACUUCAAGAUGUUCCUAGUCUCGAAGAAUGAACUGGAUGAUGCAAUAAUGGAGAGGUUCUAUGUACUCAGGGUAGUACUAGGUUGAUCGAAUUCAUGCAUUUCACAAUCCCUGCCUGCAAGUCACGUCCUUGUAGUGAUGUCAUUCCUUCAUUUUAAACCUGAA